GAACCACUCUAAAAUUCAACCCCCCAACAAGCCAAGACACAAUGUUAAAGAAUAGGGUCAGCCGAAACAUUUAUACCCGACACCAGUGUAUCACAGCCAUGAAGGAGUAUCAAAGCAAAAGUCUGGAGGAGCUCCGAGUGGAAGAUUAUCUAGCAAAUCGCAAAGGAAAACAAACAGCGACAGCAUUUGCGACUCCGUCAGCAUCAGCCUUUAACCCAACUCCAGCAUCAACAGGAACUUCUUUGUUUGGACAGCAACCACAGCAACAAACCAGUAGUUUAUUUGGACAGAAUAAACCCCUCUUUGGGGCCUCAACUGCUACAGGAACUGGAACAUCUGGGUUCUCUGGCUUUGGAACCACUACAUCUACUUCCAGUUUGUUUGGUCAGCCAACUCAGAACAAGCCUCUCUUUGGAGCCACCCCGUCCACACAGGCCUCAGGUUUUGGAGGAACCAGUACAGGAUUUGGUGGAUUUGGGGGAACCAGCACAGGCUUUGGUCAAACUAGUGCAGCUGGCACCAGUCUGUUCAACUCCAAACCAGCUUUUGGAACUACUACCACUGCUGCUAGUGGUUUUGGGACACCAGGCAGUUAUUUGUUUGCUAAGCCAACCACUGGACCCAGUCUCUUUGGUACCACUUCACAACCCUCCACCUUUGGCACCUCGGGGGGAUUUUCCUUUGGCACCACUCCUGGUAUAGGUACGAGCACUGGAGUGUUUGGAGCUAAGCCCACAACUUUUGGAAACACCAGUACAUUUAAUCUGGGUCAGACCUCAGCUUUCAACCUGAACAAACCAUUUGGUACCAGCACAGGGAUUAGUGGAUUUGGUACAAGUACAGGUUUUGGUGUAGGGACUGGGUUUCCCCAAGGAGGGGCAUCAACAACAUUAAGCACGGCAGCACCACAGACAGCUCCUGUUCCUAAGGAGGUCCUGAUCAAACAGCAGUUAAUGGCUGUGGCUUCUGCUACCUGUCCUCCUGUCAGGUGA